AUGAUGAAUGCUGCAAUUGACGGAUCAACCUUCUCGCAACGAAGCCAUUCGGAUCACGAAAAUAAUUGUUGGAAGGAACCAUUUAUUGAUAAUGAGCUGGAUGAAGCGACAUAUGGUGUCAAAAUUAUUUUAAUUUAUUUAUUGCCCAAUCAGCAGCCAAUCGGAGACGACGAAAUUAUGGAUGACGCUCAUGAGCUGAUCAGAAAAUUGACCCAAAAGAUGGGAAUAGUGAAGCGAAAAGCAAAACCAUUUUCCACCAAUUUUGAACUCGUACAUACAUUUGGAAAAGCUGGAGUGUCAGGCAAUGAUUCACAUCUGUUUAAUUGCCCCUUUGACGUAAAAAUAUCCUAUUCUCGUUCAUGUAUUUUAAUUAGUGAUUCACUUAAUUCUAGAAUUCAGGUUUUUGACAUACACACCAAAGAAUUGCGAGCAUCUAUUCCUAGUCCUUCUAAGUACCCACUAUUUUUAUGUGUGGAAGAAAAUUAUGAUGGAAAAAACAACGACGCUCUAAUAUUCGGAUGCGAAAAAUUUGGUGUCUUCAAAUAUGAUUUGAAUGACUUGUUAGAAAAAUCUAGAAAUAUGGAGACAUGCAAAAGCAUUUGGACUUCUCAAGCUUUCGUUUCUCCCCAAGGAAUAGUUUUAUUGAGCUCUAAAAGCCAUGUAUAUAUUUGUGACUGGGAUGAGCAUAACAUGAAAAUUUUGAAUGUAAAAACAGGAGAGCUAGUUCAAAGUAUGACGGUUCAGUCUCCCUAUGGAAUUGAUUUUAGUGAUGACGGAGAUAUCAUUAUUAGUGAAUUAGACCCUUCUCACAAAAUUCAAAUAUUUCGCAUGAAUGACGCUCGAGAUGACUGGCAAUGUAUUAAAUCGUUUGGAAAGUAUGGUCAACUGAAUGGAGAAUUCGAUCAUCCUUUUACAUUGGUUUUUGAUAAGGCUGCAAAACACAUAAUCGUGUCUGACAAUUAUAAAAUUCAAAUCUUCGAGAAAGAUGGCUCGUUUCUCAAGUCUUUCGGAGGCAUAACAACGAGCCAACUUUCUGCUGUUACAGGCAUAUGCUUGAACGAAUUGACUGGGGAGUUAUUGGUCUGUGAUUCAUUUAGCAAUCGAGUUCUGAUUUUCAAGUAA